AUGUCUCUUCAAUACUUACUCACUCUUCUUCCUUGGCACUACGAAAACGGGCUAUCUGGGCUGUUUGUAGAGAGAGUCGAAAAUGUGCUGAGGAAUAGCGAAGAGGCUCUGCACUCUUCAGAGUCCGCCAUGCUCUGCUUCAAGUGCAGAAGGAUUAUGGUGCCUGCUGUAAACUCCACUGUGCGCCUGCAUAACACAGUGGUAGCAGUGUGCUGUGCGCACUGUAAGUCAUCUACGUCUUUUAAAGUGCCUCCUGUCUACAAGAAUGCAUACAUAAAAGACUCGUACACCAUUGAUAGUUUUUUAUCCAGUGCCUACUAG